AUUACUUAAUUUUAAAUAAUUGAGUUUAAUGAAAAUGAUUUUAUCGAAACCAAGUGUUGUACAAAGCAUUUUUAAGUGCUCAACAAUAUGUUUAUACCGAAGUUCAUUUGGUUCAUCCAAGAAUAAGCGACAAUAUACAACGACUCCGAGUCUGUGUAGCAGUAUUCAACAACAACCAAAACCUGAUUGGAAUCGGGCAGUUAGCGAAGCUGAAAAAAUCGUUGGAUAUCCAACAUCAUUUUUAAGUUUACGAUGGUUACUUAGCGAUGAAAUUGCCAAUGUUGCGUUACAUUUACGACGAUUAGUUGGAUCAAAUCAUCCUUUAUUACGCACAGCAAAAAAUUUAUUGUAUAAUGGGAAAAAUAAUAUGCAAGCUUGGGGAUUAAUUGUAUUAUUAGUAUCCAAAGCUGCUGGACAAUGUGAAAGUGUUUCCGAUUUGGAACAAGACAAAGCCGCUGGUGUUUUACAUAGCCAACGUGCUCUUGCUGAAGUCACUGAAAUGAUUCGAACUUCUCAUCUUGUUCAUAAAGGGUUAGUAAAUUUACAAGGAAAAGUUGCUGGUGAUUUACAAGCAAACGAUGAUAUGACAUUUGGAAAUAAAAUUGCGUUACUUAGUGGUGAUUAUUUGCUUGGCAAUAGUUGCCAAGAACUUGCAAAUUUACGUGACCAACGCGUAGUUGAAUUAAUGUCAUCAGCAUUACGAGAUUUAGCUGAAGCUGAAUUUGUUGGUUUGCGAGAUGAUCAAAAUAAUCCAUUACCUUCGAAUCCAAUUAAAGAGAAGCCAAUUCCAAAUAUGAUGACACAAACGAAUGAAGAAGAUUCGGAUGGGCCUCAUUUUUAUUCACUUUUGGAAGAUAAUACUACUAGUGAAUGUGACCUUUUAAAUCCAAUGCCAGAAUGUUUAGGUCAAGAUGCUGAAGAAGAAUGGACCUUACGCCAUGUAUUAGCAGCGGGUAGUUUACUUGGGAAGUCAUGCCAAGGUGCUGUACAAUUAGCUGGACAUCCACCAGAAGUAAGCCAUCGUGCUUAUUUAUUUGGGAAACACUUAGCCUUAGCUUGGCAGGCAUGUGUUGAAAUUGAACCAUUUUUGGGUGAUGAAUGCCCUACUAUUACUGGAGUUGGUGGUAUUGGUCUUGGAACUGCACCUCCGUUUAGUUUAGCAUCAGCUCCAGUUGUGUUUGGAUUACAACACGAUCCAAGUUUAUAUACGGAACUAGAAGCUGGGACUCGAUCUGUUUUAGACGUAAACUAUGAAAAUGUUUGGAAACGUAUUAAAGAGGGACCUGGUGUUGAAAUGACACGAUCCUUACAAAGUAAACAUUCAAAGGCAGCAUUAGAAGUUUUGGAAUGUUUCCCAGAAAAUGAUGCACGAAAAGCUUUAUCUAAUAUAAUAGCUGCAAUGCAAAAUGUUUAAAGACCAAAAUGUUAAAACGUUAAAGGUUUUAAUCAUAUCCUAAGCGUUGACUAACUAGAAAAAAAUCCAGUUGCACCCAUUUUUUAUUUUUUAUGAGUUAAUAUAGUUAUGUUUGACAAAUAUGGGUGGUCAAAAAACAAUUGUCGGAAAAAAUAUAUAUUAUUCUUAAUAUCAAGGAAGUUCUGUUCAAUGCGAUUUUUACCCCGGUUUAACUUUUUUCUAAAAAAAAAAUAUGCUAGCUCUUAAAAUAUUCAGUAGAAGACUCAUGUCUUAAAAUCUUUUUAGUAGAUCAGGUCCGUGUUUUACUGUGUUUCUAUAAUUACCUUAUAUUUAUUUGUUGCAAUUUUAUGCCCCAUAAUCAUAAUUUUCGGAUUAUUUACUCCUAGAAGGUAUGAAUUAUCAAAUUAUAAAAAAAAGUCAUCGUUUAGGAAAUUGAUCUUUUAAUAAACAGCUAGAUCGUAGGCAUCUAUUUAUAUACCAAUUAAAUUAUUUACAAAUUUUGUAAAAAUCGGGAAUAAAAUAAUUUUGUCCUAAAAGUCAUGGUCAGCAAAAAAGUGUUACCAGAUACGUUAUAUAAUAGUAGAGAAAACACAAUCUUAAUCAAAUAGGGCUGAUUAAUUAUUAUCAUUUUAGUUAUUAAAAAGGAUAAUAGGCAAAGGAAUUUUCAUCUUAGAAUUUUAUUCCAUUUUUUAAUCAUUAACAUAGUCCCGGGACUAUGAUAUUAUGUAAUAUGGAAUAGUCUUUUACAUGUAAUUUUAUUUUCAUAUUAUAUGAAUAAAGAUGAAAAAUUUACACCAAUAUAUAAUUAAAAGAACCAAAUUUUAUAAUUUAUUUUGUAUAAUCGAGUAUUACAAGUCCAUUUAUGCAUAUCAUUUAAGUUAAGUGAAAUUAUACAGUGAUGGGUUAAAUUUCGGAAACCCUCAAAUUACUUUCAAAAGAUAUAAGAAAUUUUUAUGAUUUCAUGAGAACUAUCAUUUGGAUAUUUUUAUUACAAAAUCGCUCACACAGUCACCGAAAUUGUAUUCAAGACAAAUCCAACGCUUGUUGAAAAAUUCGCUCUGACUUUUCUUCACUGAUGAUUUAAAAGUAGCCGGGCAGAGUCAAUAAAUAACGUGGAAAUGACAUUAAUCAUCAUAAUGUCUGCCAAACAAAAACUCAUGUGUUUUAGUAAAGACAAGGAUGUCAUGAUAUACAUUUCCACAGCCCUUUACUUUAAAUUGCCUCUGGUGUGUAUUUUCGUUACGCUUAAUGUAACGUUGAAUUCGUCUUCAAAAAUUCUUUCAAAUGAACCAACACUCGAACCCCGUUCCAUAAAAAAAAGUACUUUGCCCCCCCCCCCCUAACGGGGCUACGCGAGCCAAAUUAGUUUCCUUUUUAGCCCUAAUAUAAAUAUAAAAAUUUCAGCUUUCUUUCUUGAACCAUUUGAAAACAAUUUGAAGGUGUGCCGAACUUUUCCCCAUCACUAUAUAUAUAUCUUGUUAUGUAUAUAAAAUAAUUAUAUGAUUUAAAACAACCAGACAGACAAUAAGUUGAUAUUCAAUAAAGAUGUAUUAUUUUUAAGAUUUAA